UUCCCGAGCCCUCGGGGGACCGGGAUGUGGCUCCAUCCCGUGCGCUCCAGCGGAGCCAAAUCCCCCGGGAGCGGCGGGGGGAGGACGCUCCCAUUAUCCGGCUCCUGUCGCACCAGCCGUGCAUUACCAGAUUAUCCCGAGCAUUUGGGAUCUCCGGGAGCCAGGGAAGCGCUCGCAGGAGGAGCACGGGCAAGGCCAGGGCUGCAGACGCGGCCCCAUUUCUCUGCUGCCGGCAUUCCCAAGCCAGCCCAACGGAGCCCUCGGAGAGCGCGAUGGACGAGUGGGAUCUCCCACAAUGGAAGAAAGAGGUGGAAAGCCUCAAGUACCAGCUGGCCUACAAGAGGGAGAUGUCCUCCAAGACCAUACCUGAGUUUGUGAAGUGGAUCGAGGACGGAAUUCCCGAAGAUCCCUUCCUGAACCCGGAGCUGAUGAAGAACAACCCCUGGGUGGAGAAAGGCAAAUGCAUCAUCCUCUGAGGGUCCCCCCUGCAGGAUGGAGCUUCCAUUCCUCAGCUCCAACUUGAGAGGCUGAAGGAAAACCCUGCUCUCACCUCCUUUCUUCUCUCGUAGCUGUAGAAGGGGUUUUAGAAAUGGGGUGAAAUCCCCCAGAAUUGGCAGCAAAAGCUUCCCCAAAAGGCUUUGCUGCAGCUUCAUCUCACAUUUCUGCCACCCAAAAAAGGGCAGGUUUUGCACCUUAUAAAUGAGCUUUUUAUAAAAAAUCCCAUUUUUAGUGAUUUUAGAUACUUUUGUACACCGUAGGACAUCAUUUCGCAGCAGAGCAGGCACAACUCAAGGUUUAUGACUGGAAUAAACAGAGCAACACUCCCCUG